UCGAGAGCAUAUGAGAACGAUGAUUACUGUGAGGAACAAAAUGACAUUAAGAUACUGUGAGAGUGCGAAGAAAAUAGCGAAGCACUAUGAAAAAGACAGUGGGGAGACGUGGUAGUGAUUACUGGAAGGUUUCGCAGUAACGUUUAAGAGAAUCUUUUCGAGAGCCAACUAGGUGAGUGUCUCUCGUCUUUUUCACACCCGUCACAUAUAUCGUCGUAUGCACACGUAUGCUCUUUCCUCUCUAUUGUUUUUGCUAUGCUGACACCAGAGAGAUAGCAGUGUGGAUACAAAAUUCAUCGCCUCGCUGCAAAUCUGAAUUGUAAAGACAAGCGUAGGUAAGCUGCUGCUGCUGCUGCUGCUACCACCACUACUACAACUACCACUGCCGGUGGUAGUUCUAGUCGUAGUAAGAGAUUGUGGCGGUAGUGGUAAUGGUGGUGCCAGUAGUGGCGGUGAUGUUGAAAGAAGUGGCAAUAAACUGGGGUGGAAAGCGAUUUGAGAGGAAAAUACAAAUAUCUGCUGUGAAGUACUGUUUUGGUCACUAUGAUGGAAAAGUUUGACAAAAGACAUACUUAGCUAUACCAGGUUGGAAAUUUAAACGAAAAUAUGCAAAAGAAAAUGAAAAUGAAUUGGAAAAAAGAAAAAAAACACAGUUACCUCCCAUAAGAUGUAAAACCUCAUAAGCAAUUCAACAGUCUAUGUUUAUACAUAGAUCUGGUUGUUACACAUGUAUGAAAACACAAACAUGCAUGCAUAUAUAUUCACACAUCACUAUCAUUGUAGUGUUACUGAAGAUGUAAUACAUUAAUUAAUGCUAACUAUACAACACACACAUAUAUGUAAUGUAUGUGUGUGUAUCUAUGUAGUGUAUGUGUAUAUAUAUAUAUAUAUAUAUGUAUGUAUGUAUGUAAAUUGCAACAUAAUUAUAUGCAUAGAUAUAUGUAUAUAUUUACACAUACAAGCAUAGAUAUGUAUGUUAUCAUGUAGUUUAUAUACAUAUACAUACACACACACACACACACACACACACAUAUAUAUAUAUAUAUAUAUAUAUAUAUAUAUAUAUAUAUAUGUAUGUAUAUAUAUAUAUAUAUAAACUCUGUAAGUUGGAACUUUGACAGUAUAUAUUAAAUAGCUACUCUAUCUAAAAUAUUGAGUUCACUUCAACUUUGAAUGUUACUGAGAACAUAAUAUAUUAAUUAUAAUUAUUUAGUACUAACCGUGUGUGUAUACAUACAUACAUACAUACAUACACACACAUACACACACACACGCACACACACUAAUAUUUAUAUAUAUAAGAGUGUUUGUAUAUAUAUAUAUAUGUGUGUGUGUGUAAAUAUUUACAUACCUAUGAUCAGUUCCAAAAGCAAAAGUAUCAAUAUCGCUCAAUAGCGACAGCAGCAAUAAUAGUAAAUAAUAAUAAUAAUAAUGGUAAAUGAGGUAGAAUAAGAUAGAAGCAAAAUUUAAGUAACAAAAAGGGAACUGAAAAAAAAUAUAUGUUUCCCCUGUUGUAUAUUACGCAAAGAGAUGUCAACGAGUAGUACAUUUAUAGAACCUAUGAAGGAUCGACCGAUCCCGCCUAAAACUGAAGGAGACCAUUUGCCAAAAAAGAGAGAAUGUGGUCCACCAGGAAAUGGGGUUGCACCCAUUUUUGACUAUAUGGAAUCUGAGAUGUCUUCAAGUUCAAACUCACAAACAUUUGAAAACAAAUCACCACCACCACCUGCCUAUGAGAAGCUCUAUCCAUCACCAUACAUGAUGAAUACAAGGUUUAGGAGUUACCGCAGCAAUCUAACACUACAGGGAAAAGUUUACAACUUUUUAGAAAGACCAACAGGCUGGAAGUGUUUCAUUUAUCAUUUCACUGUGUUUAUGAUGGUUUUAAUCUGCCUUAUAUUCAGUGUCUUAUCUACCAUUGACCAAUAUACAGAAUUUGCAAAUGGAACAUUGUUCUGGAUGGAAGUUGUGCUAGUAUUUUUUUUCGGUUUUGAAUAUAUCAUACGUCUCUGGUCAGCCGGUUGUCGAAGUAAAUACAUGGGUGUUUCUGGAAGACUACGGUUUGCUAGAAAACCAAUAUCUGUUAUCGAUUUUAUUGUUGUUGUUGCAUCGAUUGUCGUCUUUCUUAUAGGCUCCGAAGGACAAGUAUUUGCCACUUCUGCCAUCCGAGGAGUUCGUUUCUUGCAAAUCCUUCGUAUGCUCCAUGUUGACAGACAAGGAGGGACAUGGAGAUUACUUGGUUCUGUGAUAUACCUGCAUCGGCAGGAGUUGAUAACUACCCUAUAUAUCGGAUUUUUAGGUCUGAUUUUCUCAUCCUAUUUUGUCUACCUGGCAGAAAGGAAAGAAGGUAAAAAAGACUUUGCCAGCUAUGCUGAUGCCUUAUGGUGGGGAGUUAUAACUGUGAUGACCAUUGGGUAUGGUGAUAAAGUGCCACAAACUUGGCUUGGUAAAAUAGUUGCAUCCUGCUUUGCUGUUUUUGCAAUAUCAUUCUUUGCCUUACCAGCCGGAAUUCUUGGAUCAGGAUUUGCUCUGAAAGUACAACAAAAACAGCGACAGAAGCACUUUAACAGACAAAUUCCAGCUGCUGCCACUCUUAUACAGUGUGUUUGGCGAUGUUAUGCAGCUGAUCCUUCCUUCAACUCAGAAGCGACAUGGAAAAUCCAUAUUCAAGACACAUAUCCCGAGGAAACAGUUCUUGCACGAAUGGCCAGGCGAGCAAGUUUGACAUUAAGGAAACGCCGUGCAUCACGGAUGGAUGUUAAUUCUCCAAGCAGCCAUUUGCACCGGGACAGUAUCAUAUCUCUGUCAUUUACAGAUGAAAAGGGAUCAGCAAAUUCGAAGAUUUCUAGUGCUGCAUCCCGUACAGAUCCUCGUCGACAUAGUAUGUGUGGCACUACAGAGUACAAUGAAGACACAGACGCUGAAAAUGAGGAAACAGAAAGAGUAUUCCACUUGACGGAACGCCAUAAAGUUGCUAUCCGUGUGAUACGAAAAAUAAAAUAUUUUGUUUCUCGUAGGAAACUUCUGCAAGCCAGAAAACCAUAUGAUGUUCGAGAUGUUAUUGAACAAUAUUCACAAGGCCAUCUUAAUAUGAUGGUGAGAAUAAAAGAAUUACAGCGGAGGCUUGACCAAAUUCUUGGGAAACCUUCAACUUUGUACCAUAAUUCACGAGACAGAGACAAAAUGACAAUUUGUGCACGCAUUGUAAGAGUAGAAAAUCAGAUGGUACAAAUGGAUCAGAAACUGGAUAAUGUUGUUGAAAUGCUGAGAAACUUGAUGAAACAUUUAACAAGUGAGAGAGAAGGAAAACCAUGGCAUUUCUCUUCCCAAGACAAUGAAGAACCUGUGGAAAAAUUUUCGUCUACCAAAUCCACUCACAAAGCUCUAGUCGGCUCGAGACUAUAGUAGGAGACAUUUGCCCAAGGUGCCAUGCAGUGGAAUCGAACCCGGAACUACGUGGCUGGUAAAUGUGCAGGUAUAGGUGUAUGAAUAAAAAAAGUGCACUUGUUUGUUUACAUCUUUGCUAAUCUACACUCUUCACUUAGUUUAGAUUUCCCGCAUCACAAAAUCACCUACUGACUUUUCACCUUCGAAGAGGUGUGGACAAAGGGAGUCCUUAAAUGGAAAAAAGAAACAAAAAACAAACAAAAAAGACAUAAUGGCAACCACCUUUGAAAAAAAAAAAACAUUCAAUAAUAUAUUUUUCUAACCCAAGCUAGCAUAGAAAAGGGGAUAUAAAACAAAUAAACGAACGAAUACACACGCACGCGCGUGUGUACAUAUAUAGUGUCUGCAGUGGUGGUUAGACUGGGAUCGAUUGAGACAUGUGGUUGAUGAAUAAGGCUGAAGUGCUCUUUCCAGCAUUCGAGACAGGCGGUUUCUGUUGUGAUGACGUUGCCAUAGUAUCCUUCCCCAGGGCUGUCCUGAACGGGGAACCGGUACGAGCUCUACAGAGCAUGGUGAACACCAACCUGAUGUCGUUGUUCCUUGCCUGCAGGUGCUCGGCUUCUUCCGCCCAAAACUUCUCCCCGUCAACUGUGAUGACCUUGUAAAUCCGGUUGAGCUGGCGGUACUCAUUCGUGUCGUCGUGCAAACGAGCCUUGCGACGGCAUUUCUUUGCCUUUAGCGUUCGCAAGGAAAUCCAGGGCUGCUUGGGAAGGGGUCUUGAGUUUACCAGGACGUCAUGGGUAGACUGGUUGACGCUUGAUUUGAAGAUCUCUAAAUUGUCACUCUCAUCCUCGACCAGGGCACUGAAGCGAAUAUAGAAGCAAUGUUGGGAUCACGAAAAUAAGAAGAGUCAGGGUGGGGCUGGUACUUGGUGGCACGAUCUGUCCGCAACUUCAGCUUGAGUUUUGCAGCCAGCAAUCUAUAGUCGGUAUUGCCGAGUUGAGCUCCUCUAUAGACCCACCAGUUGGUGACAAAUGAUAUCCAGCGGCGGGAGAUGAUGUGGUCGAUCGCUAUCCGGACCGUGCCAAGUCCAGCAAUGGCUAAGUUUGUGGUAGAACCAGGUGUCGGCGAUAUAGAGGUUGUUGUAGUGGCAUAGGAAUAGCAGACGAUUAUCAUUGUCAUUGGUAGAUGGAGCGGCGAAAGUUGUGCCAAUGGGUUGAGUUUGGAGUGGGUUGAUUGAAGGGAGUCUGGGGUGAAAGGAGAUUGGCGUCCGUCAAGAUCGUUAUGUCGUGGGGGGUGGGAUUUGUCCUAAAACCUGUUGGGGUUGGUUGUAGUAAUCAUCCUUGACUGUGUCCUCUGCGACGUCUGUAGGCAUCUUCUCGUGUCCAUGGUGAAAACGGGCGGACAGCAAGCAUAGCUCACCAGGUUGCAGCUGAUGUGCGACUUGCAGACGUGCAUGAGUGUAGUAGUCUCCUGCGAUGAGCCCACCACUGCCGGGCCAGCGUGUUUCGCAGAGUCCUGCCAAGGUGAUGUUGUAGCGGGGUAGCUCUCGGACCGCCUUUAUAUCGUCUUCGUUGACCUCAAAGCGACAUUCGACAUGGUCGACCUCGCAUCCCUCUGGAAAAUUCUGAAGCUCGUCGGCGCGCCACUCUACGUCACUGUCCUGCCCCAAUGGCAAUGCCGAGAGCUGCGUGCGGGUGAACGGAAAGGAUUCUGACUGGCUUCUCAUCGACAGCGGGGUCAGACAGGGCUGCGUGGCUUCCCCCCGACCUUUUCAACUGUGUCAUCAAUUAUCUGAUGAUCAAUCUUUGGGAGUGAGUUUCUGGCAUUACCUACGGGAACUACCACUUUAUCGACCGGGAGUGUGCGGACGAUAACCACCCUAAUCAUCAACUCGAUUGACCUGCUCAGGGACUCACUAACCAGAUACUAACCGAGAGGAAUCAACAAAGCUUGGCCUUCAAGUGAGCUAGGCGAAGACCAAGCCGAUGCAUGUCGACAUUGAUAUAAAUAUAUAUUUAUUUAUCGAUAUGUGUGUGUGUGUGUGUGUGUGUGUAUGUACGUAUGUUUGUAUGUGUGCGUGAAUAGUUGUAUAUGUGUAUACAUCCAUACAUAUACUCAUAAAUAUGCAUACACACAUUCACAUUUGUGAAAGAAAUUUAUCUCACAAAGGGAAACAAUAAAAAUGGGGAAAAUGUGUUUCUUUUAUACAAAUUUGUCUAUUCUACGGAGAAAUGGAUGAAAAUAAAAAAUCGGUGUUUCUUGAACACGGAUUUCAUUUGGCUAUGGUUUGGCAUCUGGCAAAAAGGAUGUUCCUUAAAUAUAAAACGUCAUCUGUAAGCUAUUUUUAUCACAAAUUUCAAUAUUUUUUCUGUUUUUGUAAUUUUUUUGUCAAUCACCUGAAUAUUUUGUAAAAUUUUCAUUGGAUAUUUUUGCAGUGAAAUCCACCAAUCUUUGCACUUUAUAGCUUCCCUAAUGAACAUUCAAAAUUAGCAUGUUUACGUGUAAGAAUAGAAACAUGUACAUCAGUUAUCAAUAAAAUCUGUAUUCAUAGCUUG